CUUCCUGUCCUCUCCCCCUCCCACUCUCAGGACAGGUCGUCCACCCCAACAAACCCGAUCCCCCAUCAAACAGACGGCGCGCAACCAGACAAAUCCCCGCUAGGCGGCAGCGGCAGCGCCACUGCCAACCCCCACCCCCACGCGAGCCAUGCGUCCGGCCGGCAUCAGCCUCCCGGCCCAGCCGGGCACGCCGGGCCGCCCGCGCCGCCGCCCGGAUCUCACCCUCCCGAUGCCGCAGCGCCCGGACGUCUCCUCCUCCCUCGCCGUCCCGCUCCCGCUCCCGCCCCCGACCGCCGCUCCCCCCGGCGCCGCCCAGCCGCUCGUGGCCCCGCCCGCGGCGACCCCGCCCCCGCCCCCGCUCCACGAGCUCGAGCGCGUGCGCCGCGUCGGCAGCGGCGCGGGCGGGACGGUGUGGAUGGUGCGGCACCGCGCCACGGGCCGCUGCUACGCGCUCAAGGUGCUCUACGGGAACCACGACGACGCGGUGCGGCGGCAGAUCGCGCGGGAGAUCGCCAUCCUGCGCACCGCCGAGCACCCGGCGGUGGUGCGCUGCCACGGCAUGUACGAGCGCGGCGGCGAGCUGCAGAUCCUGCUCGAGUACAUGGACGGCGGGUCCCUCGACGGCCGCCGCAUCGCCGACGAGCCCUUCCUCGCCCACGUCGCCCGCCAGGUGCUCUCCGGGAUCGCAUACCUCCACCGGCGCCACAUCGUGCACCGCGACAUCAAGCCCUCCAACCUGCUCAUCGACUCGGCGCGCCGCGUCAAGAUCGCCGACUUCGGGGUGGGGCGGAUCCUGAACCAGACCAUGGACCCCUGCAACUCCUCCGUCGGCACCAUCGCCUACAUGAGCCCCGAGCGCAUCAACACCGACAUCAACGACGGCGCCUACGACGGCUACGCCGGCGACAUCUGGAGCUUCGGCCUCAGCAUCCUCGAGUUCUACCUCGGCAGGUUCCCCUUCGGCGAGAACCUCGGCCGACAGGGCGACUGGGCCGCGCUCAUGGUCGCCAUCUGCUACUCGGACCCGCCCGAGCCGUCGCCCGCCACCGCCUCGCCCGAGUUCCGGGGCUUCAUCGCCUGCUGCCUGCAGAAGAACCCGGCCAACCGCCUCUCCGCCGCGCAGCUGCUGCAGCACCCCUUCGUCGCGUUGCCGCAGCCGCAGCCGCUCGCCGCCCCGCCGUCAUGACCGCCGCGACCUCCCAAUACGGAUCUCGAUCCACUUCUUGCACCGCGCUUCCAAAUCCAGCAUAUCAGGUGGAGGGAGGAUCGAUGGAACUGAGCUGCCGGGGGAAUCUUGGAAGGUUCUCCCGGACCAUUUC